CGCGUAGCUUCCCCUUUAAUUUUAUAGCUUUCUUUUAUAAAGAAAGCAAAAGAAUUUACAGCUUGUUUCAUUGUAUUUAUCAAGACUAAACUCAAUAAUCAGGAGUGUAUGUUUGAUACUUUAUUGUAGUGUGUGUACUAUAUUUGUAGCUUCAGUUAAAAAGCAAUGUAUGCUUUGGUGCGCCAAACAUUGGCCUUUCACCAAGCAAAUGAUCAUGACGUAUAGACCAGAUUGAGUAGGAGCUUCAAAUCGCCUCGUUCUCUUGUUGCUUUUCCCUCAGUCUUGGCUUAUUGUUACCCGAAUAGGUUGUAUUCUCUUUUUAUUCUAUUUAUAAACAGUAGCAAUGAGCUAUCAUAGUCCUGCUCCUGCUGAAGACCAAGCAAAGCUCUUGGAUGAAAUACUAAAUGUCUGCAAGGUCCAAGCUCAUCAAAUGAAGAAAUGCUUGGAAAAUAACAGGUUGAUGGAUGGUCUAAAGCAUUGCUCAACCAUGCUGGGCGAACUAAGAACCUCUUCUUUAACGCCUAAAAACUAUUAUGAACUGUACAUGUCUAUCUUUGAUGCUAUGCGACACUUGACAGCCUUUUUAACUGAAGCGCACGCCUCUGGAAGACAUCAUUUGGCCGACCUUUAUGAGCUUGUACAAUACGCUGGAAAUAUUGUACCUCGUCUUUACUUGAUGAUCACUGUUGGCGCAGCUUAUAUGAGUAUGCCUGAUGCUCCUGUUCGAGAAAUCAUGCGUGAUAUGAUGGAAAUGACAAGAGGUGUUCAACAUCCUAUCCGUGGCUUAUUCUUGAGAUAUUAUCUUAGCAGUAUGACUCGUGAUUACUUGCCUGUAGGAGAAGGAUCAGGACCUGAAGGAAACAUUUAUGAGUCCAUCAACUUUAUCUUGACCAACUUUACAGAAAUGAACAAGCUUUGGGUUCGUUUGCAGCAUCAGGGCCACUCAAGAGACCGUGAAAAGCGUGAAGCUGAGCGUAAAGAAUUGCGUAUCUUGGUUGGUACCAACUUGGUCAGGCUCAGUCAGCUGGAUGGUGUUGAUCUUAAAAUGUAUCAAAAGGAUAUUCUUCCGGGUAUCUUGGAUCAAGUUGUUAGCUGUCGAGAUGUUAUUGCUCAAGAGUACCUCAUGGAAAUAAUUACCCAAGUAUUCCCUGAUGAUUUUCAUCUUCGAACCCUUCAACCUUUCUUGUCAGCAACUGCCCAGUUACAUCCAAAAGUAAAUGUAAAGCAAAUCAUUAUUGCACUCAUCGAUCGAUUGGCUGCCUAUGCCGCUCGGGAAGCAGAAGGCGAAGAGCCCAGUGAGACGAAAAAGCAAAGAGAAGAGAAUAUUCGUCGUAUUGCCGACAUUAGAAAGCGAAAGUUACAAGGUCUUCCAGUAGAAGAGGAAGAGCCUCAGGAAAACGAACCAGUUGAAGAAAAGAAAGAAGCAGAGGAAAAUGUCGAAAAUGAAGAAACAUCAGAGACUUUGGCUGACGAUGAAGAGGUGACUGAAACAAAUGAUGAAGACAACGCAGAUGACGACAAAGCAGAUGAGGAACAAGAGCAAAAGGAAGAUGAAAAGGAAGAGGAUAGUAAAGUUAGUCCACCAGAAGAAGAAGAAAGUCAGGCUGUGGAUAAUGAUGAUACCAAUGUUCGAAAAAUCCGCGGUAUUCCUGAAGAUGUUGAACUCUUUGUCGUCUUUUGGGGUCAGAUCGUCGAACUUGUCAAGGCUCGUCCUGAUUUGACUGUACAGGAUUUAACUGCAUUGCUGGUCUCACUCAUCAAUCUUUCUCUAUCCUGCUAUCCUGAAAAAUUGGACUAUGUCGAUCAAAUUCUUGCCUUUGCAAAAGACAAAGUGCUUGAAUUAUCUGAUUUACCUGACCUUCAUUCCAAGGCCACUGAAUCCAAUCUUUUAUCCUUAUUACUGGCUCCUAUUCAACAUUACAGCUCUGUCAUCACCCUGUUAGCUUUGGCCAGUUAUCAACCUUUGCUCGCACUUCAACCUUACAGCACACGUCAGUCGAUUGCUUAUGCUAUUGUGCAGAGUGUUUUGAAGAACUCGACGAUUAUUGACAUACCUGAAGAUGUCCAUGGUAUUCUCGAUCUCUGUGAUGUUCUCUUACGUGAUCAAAAGGAUGCUCCCGUUUCUGCUGCUACACUGCAGCCUGCAUAUGGUAGCCGUCAAAAGCAGCAUGACCUGAGUUUUGAUCAAGAAGAGUACGUUGAAAAGCAAGGCUUGCUGGCAAGAAUGAUUCAUAUGUUCAGAUCUGACGACGAAGAUACGCAAUUCUUGUUAUUGUCUGCAGCACGAAAGCAGUUUGGUGAUGGUGGUGAUAGGAUCCGCUAUACCUUCCCCUCUUUGGUUAUAUCUGCAGUAAAACUUGCUAGAAGAUACCGAGUGCAAGAAGUACAAGACGAGAUCUGGGAGAAGAAGACUUCCGCAUUGUUCCGAUUUAUUCAUCAAGUUAUUUCAGCCUUGUACCAUAAAUGCGAAUGUGCAGAAACCUGUCUUCAUCUGUUCUUAUUGGCUGGACAGAGUGCGGAUGAAUGCGGUUUCGAAGAGAUUGCAUAUGAAUACUUUGUGGAAGCAUUCACAAUCUACGAAGAAAGCAUUUCGGAAUCACGCGCUCAAUUCCAGGCAAUUACCUGUAUUAUCGGUGCCCUUCAGCAAACACGCGUUUUCUCUCUAGACAACUAUGAUACCUUAAUCACAAAAGCGGCCCUUCACAGUUCCAAGUUGUUAAAGAAACCCGAUCAAUGCCGAGGUGUCUAUUUAUCUUCUCAUCUUUGGUGGGCUACAGAUCGUUCUGCAGAUGGUACUGAAAAUGAAAAGGAACUCUUCAGGGACGGAAAACGCGCAUUAGAAUGUCUUCAAAAGGCACUCAAGAUUGCUGAUAGCUGCAUGGACCCCGUGACAAACGUGGAACUGUUUGUUGAAAUACUGAACAGAUAUAUUUACUAUUUUGAAAAAGGAAAUGAAGCAGUGACUGUAAAAUAUCUUAAUGGACUCAUUGACUUGAUCAAUACCAACCUUAGCAACAUGGAUAGCCCAGAUCAACAUCCUCCUACAUCCAACUCUUCUUCAUUAGUAGACCAUCAUCAAGGCUCUGUAUCUGACUACGUUCGCCGUCACUUCCGUGCGACACUGCUGCAUUUACAAAACCGUAAAGAACAAUCAGGUCAUAGUGACUGGAAUGGACCAAAAUACGACGAACUGGAUUUAGGAGACAUUUAAAUCAUGCAAUGAUAUCAUCAUAAAUAAAUAAAUUAUAUGUAUAAAAAGGGUGUCUGAUUUCAAAGGAAAAAAAAAAAAAA